AUGGUCAACGUCUUUCUCACUGGCGCCUCAGGCUUCGUCGGCUCUCACCUCACCCCCGUCCUCCUCGCCGCCGGCCACAACCUCACCGCCCUCGCCAGGUCGGACGCUUCUGCAUACCAAGGUAUCACCGUCGUCCGCGGAACUCUCGAAGACACCGAUAUUCUCGAAAAGGCAGCUGCUGCUUCCGACGGCGUCAUCCAUUUGGGCUUCAUCCAUGACUUUACUAACAUGCCUCAUGCUAUCAAAGUCGAAUUGGCAGCCCUCGAAGCAUUCGGUAAAGGCCUCAAGGGAACCAACAAACCCCUCAUUAUGACCUCCGGCGUCCUCCUCACCUCCUCACCAACCCCCAACGAACGCACCCCCGCCAGCACAACCGGCCGCGGCCAAGCCGAACACCUCGCCAUGUCCCUCGCUUCCUCCGGCGUUCGCACCCACAUCAUGCGCCUCCCACCCACCACGCAUGGAGAUGGGGAUCAAGCGUUUUUGACGUUUUAUAUCCAGCAGUCGAAGAAGGCUGGCUUUGCGGGGUAUCUGGGAGAGGGGGAGAAUCAUUGGCCGGCGGUGCACGUGAAGGAUGCGGCAGAGCUGAACAAGCUCGCGCUGGAGAACCCGAAGAAGAGCUUGAAGGGCGGUGAGAUCUUGCACCCUACUCAGGACGCUGGCGUUCCCUUCAAGGAUGUUGCUGCCGCCGUCUCCAAGCGCUUGGGUAUCCCCACCAAGAGCAUCACACCGGAAGAAGCUGGGGCGACGUAUUCAUGGUUGGGACACUUUAUCUCGUUGGAUUUUUUGGCGGAUAGUGCGUUGACGAGGGAGUGGACUGGGUGGGAGCCGAAGGAGAGGGCGUUGGUGGAGGAGAUUGAGAAGACGGAGUGGUAUUUUGCAGAGGGGACUGCCGCCAAGUUUUGA